GUUGGUAACUAAUGAGAUAAGAGAGUACAGAUGAAGCUGGGGGAGGAGGAGGGGUAAGUUAAACCCCCGCCAAAGGUCCACACUGACCGGGUCUACAUCGGAGAUCCACGUGGGAGGAUAGGCUGCCACAAAAAAGAUCGGAUCGACUACCUGUCACCUCGAGCAGACAAAAGAGCAUCAACAAUGAAUCUCUUCCCACGGUUAACGGUGGUGAUGUUGGUGUCGCUACUGACGGUGACGUUGGCGGAGGAGGCUGACGACGUGCCGGUGGUGACGACAUCCACUGGGCAGGUAUCCGGAAUAAAGGAGGAAUCAGUCGGAGGGAAACAUUUCUUCUCCUAUCACUCCAUUCCCUUUGCUGAACCUCCUCUCGGUGAUCUGAGAUUCAAGAACCCGGUGGCAGUGAAGAGUUGGGAGGGCGUGAAGGAUGGGUCCAAGAUGCCGCCUUUGUGUCCACAGGUAGCACUAGCAGCCAUCGUUACUGGCAUGGACGCUACUAUUGAAGGUGAAGAGGACUGCCUUUAUCUCAACGUCUUCACCCCAGAACCGAAUGAGAAGAUGCCACUGUUACCCGUGAUGGUGUUUAUCCACGGCGGAGCGUACAUAAGUGGCGGCGCCCUGGAGUAUCCCCCACACGUCCUUCUCAACCAUGAUAUCGUCCUCGUUGUCAUCCAGUACCGACUUGGCGUCCUAGGUUUUCUCUCGACGGAGGAUAAAGCAGCUCCAGGAAACUUAGGACUCAAAGACCAGAUGGUGGCACUGAAAUGGGUCCAGAAUAACAUACACAACUUCGGCGGUGAUGCUCUCAAAGUCACGUUAUUCGGGGAGAGUGCAGGGGCCAGCUCCAUACACUUCCAUAUUCUUUCACACCAGACAGUGGGGUUGUUCCAGCAAGCAAUCUUACAGUCAGGUACAGCUCAGUGUCCCUGGGCAAUGGGUGCUGCUCACGCUGCUGUAACAGAGUACAUUGGUGAUUUCUUCAACUGUUCGACGGAGGGAGAGAGUGAGGAGCUUGUUACUUGCCUUCAGGGUGUAGAGGUCAACGAUCUCGUCCCUCUUUUGUUUCACUUUUCGCAAUGGCACCUGAGUCCUCUCUUGCUGGGCCCUAGGGUAGAUGGUGACUUCUUAAUGAAAGAUCCCGAUACAUUGAUGAAGGAGGCUAGGCACAAGAGAAUCAACCUUAUCUCCGGGAUCACACAACACGAGGGCGCCUUCUUAACUCUGCCUAUAUUCGCCAAUGAGUACUUGCGGUCGUCCCUUAAGUACAACUUCAUGAAAAACGGUCCGCUAUCCCUUGAGUUGGGGGAAGGUGACGUGGCGCCCAUGAACCAAACAGUCCACAUCUUCGACCACUACCUCGGCGGGGUCCACCUUGACGUCCUUACCGCCGACAACGUUACUCAGAUGUACAGUGACCGCUUCUUUACGAUAUGUCAUGAUCUCACCACCGUCAUGCACGCCAAGAACGUCGCAGCCAGGUCGAAGAAAACUUUCACCUAUGAACUCAAGUAUCGAGGCCAACGCUCCAUUGCUGACCUGUUCUCACUUAACAUCGGCGAAAACUGGGUGACUCACACAGACGAGCUCUUCUACCUGUUCACUGGAGGACCAUUGUGGAGACCCAUAGACCGAGAAGAAGACCUCAAACUUCGCGAAAUCAUGACUACUUUAUGGACAAAUUUCGCUACUACGGGGAACCCGACACCAGAUGAAUCUCUUGGGUUCACCUGGGAUCCCAUCACGGAGGAUACCCAACGUCAUCUGACCCUUAAACCCACUCCUGCCAUGGAAGACGAUGACAGACAGGAGACGCGGGAGUUUUGGUUUGCACUUCCUCUCAAGCAAAACUUAAUACUCCAUCCUGAGAAGGUGUCUAACAUCGUCUUAGUUAAAACUGACGAAGUGGAGGAUGAGCCCACUCAGUCCGGGGAGGAGCCCACUCAGUCCGGGGAUGAGCCCACUCAAACCAAGGACGAGCCCACUCAACAAGACACGGAAGAAAAAGUUGAAGAAAUAGACCAGGAAACAGAACUUCCUAACACGAAGAAAGACGAACUUUAAAUGUGAAUAAAUUCUUCGAAAACAUU